AUGUAUGUUCGUUAUGAAAGAUCAGGAUGGACUGUCCAUAUGGUUACCCCUGAAGCUGCAAAAACUGUCUUCAAUGCGACAAGAACAUUCCCUAAACUUAUCGAUGAAAGUGUUUCAGAAACAUUGAUAAACAAGAUCUUGGAUUCUCCUAAUGUUAUGAACUUGAAUGUACCUCGUUGGAAGGACCACCGUUCGGUAGUAAAUCCAGCUUUUAAUCGUGCUCUUCCUAUUCAACUUUUUGGUGAAACAACACAAAAACUUUUCCGUUUAUUGGAUAUUGAUACUGAACAAUGUGGAACUCAUACUCCUUUCAAAGUGGACGUGGCUGAUGUGAUAUUCCGAUGGUCACUUGAUGUGAUGGGACUUGCUAGUUUUGGUUUUAACUUUGAAGGUUUAAGCAAGAAGGAAAACCCCUGGGCAAAGGUAUACAAACAAUUCGAUAAAGAUGUCAAGGUCUCUUUCUUCUCGUUAUACCCCAUUUUGGAUCAACAGCUUCGAUGGCUCUUUAGAACUCGACAAGCAGCUCAUGAAAACUUGGAAAGAUACCGUGGUAUGGUUUCUAACGUGGUUCAGGAAAAACGACCUGAAGGAAUCGAGAAUGAUAGUGAUGAUGACCACAAGAACGAUGUUGAAAAGGAUUUACUGACCUUGAUGAUUGAAAGUGAAUUACGUGGUGAAGGUGCUGUAUUAUCCAAUCAAGAACUUGUCAAUAAUCUUUGUAUUUUCUUUGCUGCUGGUCUGGAUACUACGGCAAACGCAUUAUCUUUUGCUUUGUUCUAUCUAGCCAAAAACCCUGAUAUUCAAGAAAAAGCAAGACAAGAAGUUAUCCGUGUCCUAUGUCCUGACGGUAAAGAACCCACUGAAGAUGUACUACCGACGGCUCAACAGACAAAGGAAUUACAAUAUAUUCUUCAAGUUGUCAAGGAAACUCUACGUUUUAAUGGUUCCGUUGCUUGGCUGGUCACUCCACGCGUAGUUGCUCAAGAUGAUACCGUACUUAUGGGUCAACAUAUACCAAAAGGAACCUCCGUAUCUGUCAACAUUUAUGAUCUUCAUCAUAAUCCUAAUGUAUGGAAGGAUCCUGAAGUUUUCAAUCCUGAUCGAUUUGCUCCUGGUGGAGAAGCCGAUAAUCAUCCUAAUGGCACUGCAGCUUGGAUUCCAUUUGGUUUUGGUAGUAGAAAAUGCAUCGGCUACAGAUUUAGCAUGGGUGAACAAGUUGUUUUACUAUCCAUGCUAUUGCGGAAAUACAUUGUUACAUUGCCAAGUGACACCAUCCACAAGGAACACAUCAUCACUAAUAACGUGCAAGUCAUCAACCCUGUUAGUAUGGAAGUCCUCUUCAAACGACGAUAUUAG